UGCAACACAAUGGCAUUCGUCAAAGUCACAACCACAUGAACAAGUCACAUUUUAUGAACUUAAGUUGUGUAAGCAAGUAAACGGUUUAUUUACGCUAACAAAAUAGUUGAAUGUUUGCUUAAGAUUUCAUUUAUUUUUAUAUAUACGGAAACAAGAAUUGGCAUACUUGUAUAUGUGCUUUACAUUCAAAUACAAAUGUGUUUACAUUACCUGCACUACAUUCGGAUAUUGUAAUAUUCGGAUGUUUUACAUUGUCGCUUCCAUUGAAGAUUAGUGUCAUUGUGUGGUCUGUGGACAUAAAUGUAAGCAAAGUUGGGCGCAUAUCACUCGACUGUUAAAUGGCAGAAAAGGGCUACUUUUCCUCAGCUUUACUGGCUGGUGGUAUGGCGGGCAUGUCAGUUGAUCUGGCGUUGUUCCCUUUGGACACUGUGAAAACUCGCCUGCAGAGUGCCCAUGGUUUCUGGAAGGCCGGGGGUUUCUCAGGGAUCUACUCGGGUAUUGGGUCAGUUGCCCUGGGUUCAGCCCCUACUGCUGCGGUGUUCUUCCUGACAUACGAAGGGGUGAAAUAUGCCGCAAGAAACAAUUCCAAGUCUGGACCGUAUGUGCACAUGUUAGCUGCCUCCAUGGGGGAAGUGGCAGCGUGCAGUAUACGAGUGCCUGUUGAGGUUGUGAAACAGAGGGCACAGGCCAACACACAGUUGUCUUCCCUGAAGGUCUUUAAGCAAACUCUUCAAAUGGAGGGUUGGAGUGGUCUGUACCGAGGUUAUCUCAGCACUGUGAUAAGAGAGAUCCCAUUCUCAUUCCUUCAGUAUCCACUCUGGGAGUACCUCAAGCAAUGCUGUACACAGUUUCAAGGCAAGCCAGUGGAGCCCUGGCAAUCUGCAAUCUGUGGAGCCAUUGCAGGUUGCUGCGCAGCAGGCAUAACCACACCACUGGAUGUGGCCAAAACUAGGAUUAUGCUGGCAGAGAAAGGCAGCCAUCUCUCAAAGGGACACAUACAUGUAGCACUACAGCUCAUUUACAGGGAGAAAGGAGUUAAAGGAUUAUUUAGUGGAGUGUUACCUCGGAUGAUGUGGAUCUCUAUAGGGGGCGCCAUAUUCCUGGGAGUCUUUGACAAGGCCCGUAAAACCAUCAAUAACUCUGUGUAUUAUAGGGAGAAUAUUGCAGUGACUUGAUGAAUAAAUGUUUAGAAAUUUGUA